UAAAAUUAAAACAAAUAAUAAACGUCACACAAAGCCUUAAAGACCUUUUUCUCUCAAGCCUCCGUUGCCCUCUAACCUCACGUCGUCUUCUUCUUCUUCUGCAACCCUAAGCCUCUUUUCUUUCGUUUUCUUCAACCUUACUGCCCGCCAUCUUCUUCUUCAGCCUUAUUGCUUGCCUUCAUCUCCAACCUUAAGACUUUCUCUGCCGAAGUUCGCUUCUCCCUUGAGUCUACAGUGGAAUCUGUGGAAGAAAAGCUAUGGAUGAAAUGUGGGGCUUCAGUUAAUUUAAUGACAUUACAGCUAUAUGAUGACACUAACUCCAAGAUUUGUGAUUUAAGUGAUGAUUCAAGACCCCUUGGUUUUUACUAACCUGUUGAUGGGUAUCGGAUACAUGUACUAGAUGUUGACCUUUCAUCAGUAACCUCAGUACUGCUUGUACUCUGACUAUGAGGAGCACGAUCAGAAGGUUAAAGGAACAAACUGAUAGCUGAGCAUUAUUAUUGGGCCAGUAAUGCUCAUAAACCAAUACUGUUGUAUCGGUUCUUUUAAAGCAGGUUUACAGCUUUAUUAUUGUAAAUCUAUGUGUUGUUUAAGUGCGAUUGAUUCCUUUUGAUUUAACUUAUCACAUAACAGGUGGGAGUUUAAUACUGCUAACUAAGCAUUCACUAUAUCAACGGAGGUUUUGGAGAAAGUGACUUGGAAAUUUCUUGCUUUCUGCAACUCACACCUUUUGAUCAUAGAUGGUUCUAAGCAUUUGUUAAAAGUUGGGCCGCUGCUUGUUAACAAAAAGAAGGGAGAAGUGUUGUAUUGAAAUGGAUGCUUCUGCUAAAAUCCUAACUGUUGACAACCAUACCUGUAAUGGAGAGUGGACAGUUGUUUUACCUCGUGGCAAACGAAGUAGAAACUUUUCUAAAAUUAGAACCCCAGAAGAACAGCAGCAGCCAUGGGUUCCUGCGGAUCUUGAAUCCGAUUCAAACAGACAAUCAAAAUUGAUUGAAAAGAUGAAUAUUUGUAUGAAGAAAGUUGAGAACUCACAGUUCUAUCAGACCCUUCUGGAACAAAUCCAAACUCCAGAAUCUUUGGAUUCUUUUCACAAGGUGCUGGGUUCAGAGUUAAAGAUGCAAAUGGUGAUAUAUGGCAUUGGCAGCAUUGAGUCAUAUGAAACCCCACGAAUCCAGCUGAGCGUUGCAAUCUUAAUGAAAAAGGAAUUUAGUUGGAUUGGCGAUAUAGAGGUUUUUGAUCCAGUUCUUUCAGCUACAGAAUCUCGAGUUUUGGAAGCCCUUGGUUGUUCUGUUCUAUCUGUAAAUGAGCAUGGUCGGCGAUGUGUUACAAGGCCAACGUUAUUUUACAUGCCACAUUGCGAGGCAGAGUUAUACAACAAUCUUCUACAAGCAAAUUGGAGGGUGGAGCUUUUGAAUCGUAUUGCAUUGUUUGGAAACAGCUUUGAGGUGUAUCAGUACUUAUCUGAAUUUAGGAACUCAACAAUUGUCGAUUCAUCCAGACAUAUUGUGGCUGUUCGAGAAUUCACCCAUGAGUAUGUAAUCAAGACAGUUUCAGAUGACUAUUUUGCUGCCUUUCACGAUUCAAGUUGGCAUUUUUUCAGCCCUGAUCCAAAGACAGAGCUGCAGUUAUUUAAUAAUUGAUUUGAUAUCAUGUAUUUUUUAAGAAAACAUGUCUUAAUUCAAACACAAUAUUCAUAUUGAACAAUCUAUUGGAAAUAAUUAGGUUAUGUUUUUUUGGUUGCUUUA